AUGUUAUUUUAACCAAUUCAUACAAUUUUGCUUCAUCUAAUUGAUUAUACUUUUAAUUCUUUUCAAAUAAUUAUAAUAAUUUUCUCUCGCAAAUCUCAAUUUAUAAUUAACCAAUCAAAAAUUAGAACUCCUUAAAAUUAAUUCGAUUGUCCAUAUCAAGAACAUAUUGCUUCAUAUUUAAUUAUUAUUAUCUAAUUAUUUUUAUAUACGAAAUGCCUCAACGAUUUAAUAUUGUAAAUCUUCUCUAAUAAUAAUACUGAGUUAAAAUUGAUUCUCAAAGUAUAAAUGAUAUAUAAAAUUUAGGUGAGAUCAAAGUAGUUUUGA